AUGGCGACCGGAGCCGUGCUCUGCAAGCAAGAGCUGAAGAAGCUUUUGAGAGACGACCGACACUACUACUCAACCCCAGAGCUGAAUGACGUGCUCUUCUUGCAUUUCAAAGGCUACCGAAAGCUUGAAUCCCUCGAAGAAUUCACCGGGCUUCGAACGCUACACGCCGAAACGAAUGCCUUUGGCAAGAUCGAGGGGCUCGAUAGGUGCACCCGCCUUCGUUCACUUUACUUACAGGAGAAUUGCAUUAGGAAUAUCGAGAAUCUCGAGAAUCUACCCGAACUACAGACGCUGAAUCUUUCAAGCAACUUGAUUGAAACUAUCGAAAACCUCGAGCACAACUCACUGUUGAGUACCCUUCAGUUGGAGAAGAACUACAUUGGACGGAAUGGAAGACAAGAUUUCGACCGCUUGGCGGACAUCAAAGGUUUAACGGUUCUAGAUUUGUCGAACAACCAGAUCGAAGAUCCCGCAAUUGUGUUUGAGGUGCUCACUCAAAUUCCUCGUCUUAAGGUCCUGUAUUUGAGGGGCAACCCAGUGAUCCGGAAAAUUCCAAAUUACCGGAAGACACUCAUUGUAACACUGAAGGCACUCACAUACCUCGACGAUCGUCCUGUUUUCAAAGAGGAACGCCGAUGCGCAGAAGCCUUCGCCCGCGGCGGACUCGAAGAAGAAAAAGAGGAGAGAAGCAAGAUACGGGAAGAAAAAGAUGCAGCUCACGAGAAAAACCGACUGGCAUUCCUGGAACUCAUUGAAGACGCACGACACCAGAGCAGGGAAAUACGGGACAUGAGAGCGGAGGAUCGUAGGGACGACGGCUUGCAUAGGCACCUGGAAAGCCUCGAGAGGAACAGGUUUCUCUCAACACAGCUUCCCCUGGCCGAGAGUGACAACGAUCGCCGGUUGCAGGAAACUGCUCGUGCCCUGAGAGACGCGUACGCAGCUCGAAGCAGCCGUUUUCUGAACCAUGUUGAUUCUGGCCCGGAGUCGGGCGGCCCGCGACGCCUCGAGUCGCCUUUAGUUUCAUCAGCUACUCCUCCAACCGGCACCCCGACAACAAACCAGAGCCACGUGGCGUCGAGCGGGGCGGAGAGUGUGCCAGACGAGACAUGGAGCGUUGCGACAAGCCAGCGCAACCUGGUAGAAGAUGAUCUGUCAGACGCUGAUACCCACGAAGUAGACAACGAUUUCUCUACCACCAGGGACAGCGGCCACGAUUCAGCAGGUUGUCCAGAUAGAUCUGAUGAUGUCGGGAAAAUACCGGAUAAUGAGAGGACUGCAGACGGGGAGACUACUGCGGAGAAGCAGUCCACGACAUCACAUACUAUCUUUGACGCACUAGACUAA